AUGUUAUCCAAAUCAUACCAAUCAAAAUUAAGACACACUUUUAAUAAGUACGGAUACUAUUUACGAUGGCCUCGUGUUUGGAUAAUCGUACUUGGAUCAAUACUAGUUUUCCUUUGCUUAGCCAUCGCUGGUAUGGAAUUGGGUAAUACACUUUUUGACUUAUACCGAUCAACAGCUUUUGGAGGUUUUAUUGUUUUUAUUCCUCUAAUGCUCUGUGCUGUUUGUAUUUUGAUUACUGUUUAUGAUAUAUUUGUUCUGAUUGAUCCUACUCGAUGCUUCUUUUUAAGUUGCGAUGCAGCUACAGUCGAUGUGUCGAAUUCGACAACUACGACAAUCAUCACCGGCUGGCCACUUUAUAUAGCAUGGCCAAGUUAUUUUCAAACAAAUAUGAAUGCAAAACGUAUAUUUCAAAGUAUUCAAAUUCUUUGUGCUGGCUUAUUUAUCUUAGGCGUAUCGUUAUAUAUACUAACAUAUACCAUUUAUAGAAAUAUUAGAUUACGUCAACAAGCCAUGUAUACCACUGAUCAUCGGCCAUGGUCAACCUAUGAAACAAAUCGAGUUCCAUCACAAAUACAUUUCAAUGAUGAAUCUCCAUCAACUUCACACGAUAAGUCUGAUCAAAAAAUUGUAACAUACAUAAUUGAAGGUCAACCUUAUACACCAACGCAUUAUAAUUAUUCAUCAGUAAAGGGAGCGCCAGUUACAUCAGUAAAAACAACAACAAGCAGGAAAACAUUUGUAGUACCUAGAGCCAAUUCAGCUAAAACUACUCGAUUAUGUACACGUUGUAGUCAAGAACCUCGAAUGAUAUUAACGACAAAUUAUCAAUGGAGAAAUUGCUUUCCUGAUUUGUGUAUUAAUUGUAACAAUGAUCUUGUACGUUCUCGCCGGCAACCGCAAGUUGGUCAAUCAAAAAAUAUUCCCAUAUGGAGACCUUAA